AUGACAAAUCAAGCGAUAGCUGCCACACAACAACUCCGCACUACAGUCACAAAUCAAUCAGUUCUUGCAAGAUACCAAGAACUUUUACAAGCCGUCAACAAAGAUUUUACAGAGCUGGAAAAAAUUGGAAAUGCAAUGACAACUGUACCAGAGUUGUCCGUUACCCCUCUAGGUCCUGCUGGUCAAUUGGAAUGGGAAAGCAGUGCUGAUGAUAAUUCUCUGUUUCAAAAUACGUUGCUAGCGUAUCAGUGGUAUACAAAAUCACACAGCAGGGGACAAAAUUGCUCAUUAGCACGUUUCAUGCAUAUAAGCGAACGACGUCUACUUCUGCAACGUCUCUUUUAAAAGCAGAAGAGGACUUGUGUCGAACCACCUCAGACUGUAAAACCACAUCAUUUUCCUGCGAAUCAGUUGGACAAUUAUCUUUCUAAUAUGUUACCACGUCAGGUUCCAGAUUUAUCUAUCAAAGUAAUAUUUUCACUUGGUUCGACGAGAAUCUUACAUAUUACAGUAGAGCAUGUCUUUUUUGCUCUGAUUCUCAAAAGUUUAUAUAUUGAAAAAAUAAUUGUCAGAGGCUUAGAUGAAGAUAUUUAAAAUCAGGCCGAAAACCCAGAUAUGUUUACUUCAUCAAGAUAUGAAUGUAUGAGGCAGAUCACUGAUCAUGCAACGGCAGCGUUGUUGUAUGUUGAUCAUUACCCACAACUACAGAUUGAUCUUAAACCAAGAUUUAUUUUGACAUGGCUUCAAAAUUAUAAGACUCUAUUUUCUGAUAGUUGUAAUAAGUGUGGUAAAAUUUUAAGUGCUGGUGUACCACCAACAUGGAGAGAUUUUAAAACUCAUGCACCUUAUCACAGCACCUGCAAAUAAUUGGUAUAGAUGCUGUCGUCAUGUUUCGCUUCCAAUAUUAUCAAAAACUAUACACGAGUUUAUAAAAUUCUCAUUUUAGAAAAUGUAGGAUGUAUUCUCAAGUGGGGGAUGUUUCAUGUUGAUAAGAAUUUGUGUACUGGCUUUAAUAAUGUAUACCGUACUUGCUCGCUUUGUAGCCCGGGCCCAUAUUUUUUUAACCCAAACUCACUAACCAGGCCCUUAUUCAAACCGGCCCUUAUUCAAGCACGGGCGCUUGUUAUUUUUAAAGUGAAAUUAUACACAAAAUAUCUUGCC